AACAAGAGUCAUAAAGUUGGACCGAAGAAGCGUCAUCUUCUUCACUUGUUGCAGCUCAACGCCCUCUGCCCAACUUCUCUUUAGAAGGCAAACUUUUUUUUUUCCUCUUCUUCUUUGAUUCUUUCAGCAUCAACUAGUCCCUAAAGUGGACGUUUUCUUUUGGGGAUCCCUUCUUUGAAUUCUCUUCAAACUUGUAUCUACAUUUUCCUUAACCCUCUUUUAAAACCCCACUUCUCCAAGUUGCUCUCCAUUGCCUCUAUUGGUUUCAGAAUUUGAGCCCAUUUUUUUUUCUGAUUUGUAGUUUCCCUCAUCUUUCUUUCAUUUCUCUAUUAUAUAUUUGAUUACUUUGUUUACUUGUUUAAACCCAGUUUGAUUAAGAAAGUUUAUACCUUUUCCCAUCUGGGUUUCCUUUCCUUUGCUCAGAAAACAAAAUCUCAGUUGAGUUCUGCAGUUUUGGACUCUCAUCUUUCUUUUUUAGGCAAAAUUUUACUUAAAACUCUCGUUUGGGUAUCUCUCAUUUUCCCCAGGAAACAAAAAUCUCACUUCGAUUCUUCAAUUCUUUACUGUUUCUUUUAUAGUUGGAUCUUUUUCGUUUGCUUAGUAGAAGCAGAAAAACCAGUUUUUUUUUUCUUUUUUGCAGAAUUUCACUCAAAUUCUCAUCUUAUAUACUCUCAUUUCCUGGAAAGUUAAAAGCUUUUUCGUUUUUUUUUCAAGUCAUGGAUAAACCCGGGUUUAAUGAAUCAGCAGCGGUGGCAAUAACAGGGAAAAUCAUGAUCAUAGCCAUAAUAAUUCUCUUCGUAGUGGUGGUUUUCGUGCUCUUCCUUCACCUUUAUGCUAAAUGGUUUUGGUGGCGCAUCGAGGAACCAACUCCUCCUUCGGCUUCACGCCGCCGACGUCGUUUCGUUUUUGCUCCGGGGCAAGAUACUGCUCAUCCUCUGCGAGCAACAAAAGGCCUUGAUCCCGCAAUCCUUGCUUCCCUUCCCGUUUUAAUGUUCCGCCAAGAAGACUUCAAAGACGGGCUCGAAUGCGCGGUCUGCUUGUGUGAGGUUGUAGAAGGAGAGAAAGCAAGGCUGCUCCCUAAAUGCAACCAUGGCUUCCAUGUUGAGUGCAUUGAUAUGUGGUUCAAAUCGCACGCCACUUGUCCUCUUUGUAGAAACUCUGUUGUUAAUGCUGAGGCUGAGAAUUCUAGUUCUGUCAUGUCGAGAGAUGAAGCUGUUAAUGCUCAUCAUCUUCAGUCUCCUUCACAUGAUGGUUUGGGUUCUGGGUAUUCGACAGAUUCUCCUAGUUUUCCGACAAAUGUGUUGUUUUGGGGUGAUCAUCAAGGUCAGGUCAGCAGCGGCGGUGCCAACGUGGAAGAGGGUUCAUCGGCAUCAGCAUCAGCAUCAGCUUCUGGUGCUUUCGCUUCGUCUUCAGUGGCAUCGGGUAGUGGCAGGCAAGAAGGCAUGCUGGUGAUUGACAUUCCAACGAAUGUGAACGAGAAUUUCCCAGAGGAGGAAUCAAAGUCACCAAUGCCAACAAGAUUGAGGUCUUUAAAAAGGCUUUUAAGCAGGGAGAAAAGGACGAUCCCUAGCAGUUCAGGAAGCAGUUCCAUUGAUGUUUAAAGUCACAAAAUUAGAUGAUCAGAAUGGAAUCGAGCAUCCCUUAAGAGUGUUGGAGGUCUCUAGGGAACCAAUGGCUUUGCUCAAUGAUGUGCAUUUUGAAGCAUUGAAACUAGUGUACAAAAUGUUGAUAAUUUUUGUUACUUACUGAAUGUUUAGAAUAGGUGGUGGGUGUUAAUGAAGAAAAGAGUGGGGGGCUUUUUCUGCAUUUGAAGGUGAAAGAAUUGAUCUUCUCCGGUCAAAAAACAAUUUCUUCUGUUGGUGAAGACUUUGUUUUCAGUUUGAAUUCUUCUACUGUAAAGCUAUUAAUCCAAUUUCUCAAUAUAUUUUUUUGUUGCUUA